ACAGAGGUAGGAAGAGGACAGAGGGGAUUCGUUCGUGGAGAGGUGACAUUCCUCCGAAUGACGUCCUGACGUUCCCCCUACGUCUGACGUCACCGACGUCGAACGGGGCUGUUUGUUCUGGAUUCAGGGGUGAGGAAGACCUGCGCGCGCUGACAACCGACAGAAAAAGGUCACUACUCCACCCCUCUCGUCAACCAACCAACCAAAGGAAGACUGGCCCCUCUCUCCUGCCCCCCUCCAGGUCACUACUCUACCUCUCCAUUCUGAGAGAUGACACUCCCUCUGGACUAGACCAAGCCUGCACCACAACAGACAAACAUAGAAUCCAGUGGGCUGUGAUGAUGACGAUGAUGACGUUACUCUUCCUCCUCCCUUCAGAGAGUCCAGCGUUUUGUGUGAUGGCCUGAGAGGGCUUCCCAGUCUAGCCUGCCUGCCUCUCCCGGGUCCAAACUGUCUGACUGGGACUCCCCCCCUCCCCGCCUGCUACGCCCUGCCUCCGUCGCCAUGGGAGACGGCCUGGAGGCGGGCAGCAGCCUAAACCCCGCCCCCCGCUCCCACUCCUGUAACCCCCCGCCCCCCGAGACAUGGAACCCCUCGAGGCCGAAACGACAGACCAACCAGCUACAGUACCUGUUGAAGGUGCUGCUGAAGACACUGUGGAAACAUCACUUCUCAUGGCCCUUCCAGGCUCCCGUAGAUGCCAUCAAACUCGGCCUGCCUGAUUACUAUCAGAUCAUCAAGGUUCCUAUGGACAUGGGGACCAUCAAGAAGAGACUGGAGAACAGCUACUAUUGGAACGCCCAGGAAUGUAUACAGGACUUCAACACCAUGUUCACCAACUGUUACAUCUACAACAAGCCUGGUGAUGACAUAGUGUUGAUGGCAGAGUCUCUAGAGAAGAUGUUUCUUCAGAAGAUCUCUGAGAUGCCCCAAGAGGAGACUGAGAUCCCCAUGGUUACCAAGGGGCGGAGGGCGAGGCAGAGAGAAGCAGGUCUCCUGUCUAAGUCUGACUCCGGCCAGGACUCAUCUCCCUCCUCCACCCCCCACACCCGAGGUUUCUCCUCCCCGUCGCCGGGCCCUCAGACUCGGGGUCUCCCCGUAUCCCAGGGGCCCCCCACCCUCCCCCUCGCCCUCCCCCCUCAGACCCAGCCCCCUCGCGUUCCCCCCCCCCCUCCCUCCCACGCCCCCCAGCUGGGACCACCCUUCCCCAUCAGCCCUCUGGAUGUCCUGGCCCAGGGCCUCACCUCCGUACCCCACCACCCCCCAGCCCACCCAGACCUUCACCCUGCUGCCCCACCCAUCCCCCAGAGCAUCGCACCCCCAGCUAAGCAUAGGAAGAGCCAGAAGAGGAAGGCUGACACCACCACACCCACCGCCAACGACCAGCUCAGCGAGUCGUCUCCCGUGGCGACGGAGCGCCCACGCCGUGAAAGCAGCAGCCGCCCGCUGAAGCAGCCCAAACGAGACCCCGCCCAGCCCGACUCCCAGCACCACCUGGGGCUAGGCGGGGGGGUUCCCGGGGGCGGGGCGUUAACAAGUCACGGCGGGAGCCCCAAACGACAGGAGCAGCUGCUGUUCUGUGGCGGUCUUAUCAGAGACAUGUUGUCUAAGAAACACAUUGCGUACGCGUGGCCCUUCUACAAGCCUGUCGACGCGCACGCCCUCGGCCUCCACGACUACCACCACAUCAUCAAACACCCUAUGGACCUCGGAACCGUCAAGGAUAAGCUGGACAGCAGGCAGUACAGAGAUGCUCAGCACUUUGCUGCUGAUGUCCGGUUGAUGUUCUCCAACUGUUACAAAUACAACCCCCCAGACCAUGACGUGGUCAAUAUGGCACGCAAACUACAGGUGUCGGAAUCAGAAUCCUCUGAGGGAGGUUUGGAACACGAGAGAUCACAGAGACUGGCUGAACUACAGGAACAGCUCAAAGCUGUUCACGAACAGCUGGCCGCUCUGUCCACGCCCCAGGCCACCAAGCCCAAGAGAAAAGAGAGGGAGAAGGAGAAGAAUAAAGACAAGUUCAAGAAGAAGAUAGGAGGGGAGGAGCCACCGGAGAUCCCGCCCCCUGCCAUCCUCCAGCCAAUCAGAAAGAGCAAAAACAGCAAGGAGCUGGUGACCACGCCCAAGAAGAUCAAGAAACCGAGUAAGAAAGGAAGUAUGAAGAGCAGUCGUCUGGGCGCCCCACAUCAGACCGGCUCCACCCCCCUUGCCCCCUCAGCCUCGCUGGAGGCAGGAGAUGACAUGAGUGUGUUUGUGGGCGGGGCAGCUGACAGGUGUAAGCCAAUGUCCUACGAGGAGAAACGCCAGCUCAGUCUGGACAUCAAUAAACUGCCCGGCGACAAGCUGGGCCGCGUCGUCCACAUCAUCCAAUCACGAGAGCCAUCGCUCAAGAACACCAACCCAGACGAGAUAGAGAUCGACUUUGAGACGCUGAAACCCUCGACGCUCCGAGAGCUGGAGACAUAUGUCUGGACCAGCCUUAGAAAGAAGAAGAAAUCACAACCAGCAGUAGAGAAGGCUCUGGAGGUGACCAGUGUGAUGAAGAUGAAGACAGGAUCUUCAUCAGGCAGCAGUGACUCCUCUGACAGCGACGACACGGGGCUGGCCCCCCAGCAGCAAAAGUCCUCCUCUAGCAAUAUAUACUGUAAGAGACCCCACCAGUCCAGCAGGGGCGGGGUCAGCAUCACUGCCCCUCUGGACCCCUCCUCCUUCCCCCAGACCCCCCUAGUUCAGUCCAAACCCCCCCAGCAGCAGCAUCAACACCCCUUCGCCCCCCCUCCUCCUCCCUCCAUCCCCACUGUCCCUGUGACCUCUCUGGACUCCUCUUUGACCUUUGACCCCCUAGCUCACUUCCUGGCCCCGCAUCUGAGCCAGCAGGUGGGGGAGCCCCCCCGUAAUGAACUGGGGGCCCCUGCCGCCGGACCCCCCCACCUCAACGCUACCAACACACACACCUCUGAGAGCACACAGCCCUUCCUCAACCAGCAGGCCGUCAUGCCCUCCGUCAUGCUCUCCCCAGCACUCCACAACGCUCUCCCCCAGCAGCCGUCCCGCCCCAGCAACCGAGCGGCCGCCAAACCCCCUCAGCCUCCCCCCUCCUCCCUCUCCACCCCCUCCACUCCUCCUCCCCCCCAGCCCUCCCUCCACAUUCCCCAACCGUCCUUCCCCCGCCCUUGUGUCCCCUCUCCCCCCACCCCCCACGGAAUCCUGGGGGUCUCGGCCCAACCCCCUCAAGCCCUAUUUGAGGACGACGAGGAGGCCGUGCCCACUAACUCUGAAACCCCUCCCCUCCCGCUCAGCCAGGUGCACAUGUACCUGCAGUCGUCUCGGCCCCCGGCACACAUACACCCCCACACACAGUCUCCUGUGCGGGUCCAGUCUCAGCUCAUGUCCCGGGCCCCGGCCCACACACAGUCUCCUGGGGGGGUCCAGUCCCGGGCCCCGGCCCACAUACAGUCUCCUGGACGGGUCCAGUCUCAGCUCAUGUCCCGGGCCCCGGCCCACACACAGUCUCCUGGGGGGGUCCAGGCCCGGGCCCCGGCCCACAUACAGUCUCCUGGGCGGGUCCAGUCUCAGCUCAUGUCCCGGCCUCCGGCCCACACACAGUCUCCUGAGCGGGUCCAGUCCCGGGCCCCGGCCCACAUACAGUCUCCUGGGCGGGUCCAGUCCCGGGCCCCGGCCCACAUACAGUCUCCUGGGCGGGUCCAGUCCCGGGCCCCGGCCCACAUACAGUCUCCUGGGCGGGUCCAGUCCCGGGCCCCGGCCCACAUACAGUCUCCUGGGCGGGUCCAGUCCCGGGCCCCGGCCCACAUACAGUCUCCUGGGCGGGUCCAGUCCCAGCCCCCGCCCCACACACAGUCUCCUGGGCGGGUCCAGUCUCAGCUCAUGUCCCGGCCCCCGGCCCACACACAGUCUCCUGGGGGUCCAGUCUCGGCCCCCGGCCCACACACAGUCUCCUGGGCGGGUCCAGUCCCGGGCCCCGGCCCACAUACAGUCUCCUGGGGGGGUCCAGACUCGGCCCCCGGCCCACACACAGUCUCCUGGGGGGGUCCAGUCUCGGCCCCCGGCCCACACACAGUCUCCUGGGGGGGUCCAGUCUCGGCCCCCGGCCCACACCAGUCUCCUGGGCGGGUCCAUUCUCAGCUCAUGCAGGCCAUGCAGACUCAGUCACAGGCAGCGGCCGCUCCAACCCAGCAACAGCAGAGGCUCGCAACACCUUCUCACUCACACCCUCACUCACACCCUCACUCACACCCUCAUACACACCCUCACACACACCCUCACUCACACCCUCAUACACACCCUCACUCACACCCUCACGCACACAUGCAGCAGGCGGGACAGGGGAUGUCGUUCCCCCAGCAACAGAGCACCAUGCACCUGGCACAGAAAGGGAUCAAGCAGAUACUACAUCCACAACCAUCACCACGGAUCACAACUGAGCCUUUCAACACAGGUCCUCUGAGGGAGAGCCCCUCCCCUCUGAUGAUACAUUCUCCCCAGAUGCCUCAUUGCCCACCAAUGAGACAGUCCCCUUCCCAGCCCAAGAAACCUAACCAAAGGGUGAAAGAGGAGAAGCCGCUCCCCUCCCCGGUGCUACCCCCCUCCCCUUUCAGCCCCACCCAGCGACACCACAAACCACAAGACAACAAACACACACACAGAUCAGAUGUGAAGCUAUUGGACAGUUCUCGUCCUGGGCUCCGCCUCCCGGACUCCCCGGCCCCUCCCCCUUCCCAUCAGGACAGCAAACUGAAGCAGGAGGCUAAAACCCCCGUCACCGCCAAGAAGACACAGGAUGUGAAGUUAAAGAACAUGGGUUCCUGGGCCAGCUUGGCCCAGCGUUCUCAGUCCACCCCCACCUCCGCUGUCCGCUCCUCUAGCGACAGCUUCGAACAGUUCCGUCGCGCCGCCCGGGAGAAGGAGAGAGAGAAACAGCUAAAAGCACAGGCCGAGCAGGCCAGGAGAGAGCAGGAGAAACUACGUAGCCGUGACGACGAGGACUCUGUGGAACAGCAGGGGAGGGUGCGUGUCCAGGACUCUCGCCGUCGCCAGGAGCAACUUUCGCCUCAAGCCCCCACGCCCCCUGCCUCAACCCCUCCCGCCGUCUCCCCACAGGCCCCUCCCACUGAACAGGCCACACCCCCACCCUCCGCCGCAGCACAGAACGCCAUGGACCAGCAGAGGGAGCUGGCAAGACGCCGCGAGCAGGAGAGGAGGAGGAGAGAGGCGAUGGCGGACACCAUUGACAUCAACUUCCAGAGCGACCUGAUGGCCAUCUUUGAAGAGAACCUGUUCUGAGAGAGAGAUGGAGAAAUGAGGAGAGGGAGACAAAUGAACUCUACCUUAUCCCUCCGGAGAUUAGACACACAACACCCCCUCCCUCUCUUUGAUUAGAGACCUCACCCCCCCCAUCUUUGAUUAGAGACCUCAGACCAGGAUGUGAGCUCCAGAGACUUGACGGAGACUGAGGUGAGGUACAGUAAUAAGGUGGAGCCCCCCAGCGGUGGGGACCGGGAGUACAACUUCCACUUUUUUGCAAUUUCAGAUGCGUUUUUUGUGUCUAACUGCCCGUUUAUCAUUGAUGAUUGGUUGUUGCCGUGGGCAACAGUGAAACCGGAUACCUAUCGAUAAACAGAUAUUUGAACUCCUCUUGUGUUCUGAAAGGAAACCGAGGGAGGAGGGGAGGACUGAGAACUAUUACCUGAAAAUAAAGAA